GUUUAGUCUUACCACUUCCCGGCUACUCGUUAUAUAUAAAUUACAUUACAUAUAGUACAUGUUAAUACUUCAUUUUUCUGUGAACUUAACGAACUUUGGUAAGUGUUGAGCUAGCUUUCAACAUGGGUUCAAGAGUUGGAGCAGCCCAUGAAGUUCUGGAAAUAGAUUCUGGAGAAAAACGUCUCAAUGAGCUUGGAUACAAGCAAGAGUUGAGAAGAGAAAUGAGUAUAUUUAAAACGCUAGCAAUUACAUUUUCAAGCAUGGCAGUUUUUACCGGAACACCUCUGUAUGGGCCAAGUUUGCGGUAUGCAGGCCCUGCAAGUAUGAUAUGGGGAUGGGUUGUGGUUACAUUUUUCACGUGGUUUGUUGGAAUUGCCAUGGCUGAGAUUUGCGCCUCUUUCCCAACCACUGGAUCCCUUUACUUUUGGGCUGCACAUUUGGCCGGACCCAGGUGGGGGCCUUUUGCUUCAUGGUGCUGCGCUUGGCUUGAGACCAUCGGUUUAAUUUCUGGUAUUGGCGCACAGGCGUAUUCAGGAUCACAGGCAUUGCAAAUGAUCAUUCUAUUAUCAACUGGAACAAACAAAGGUGGAGGAUACUUUGCUCCAAGAAGUGUGUUUCUAGCUAUGUACAUGGGCUUAACUCUCAUCUGGGCAUUUCUCAACACCUUCUCUUUACAAGUCGUUGCUUUUCUCGAUAUAAUUUCCAUUUGGUGGCAGAUUAUUGGCGGUUUGGUGGUGAUUAUAAUGCUGCCCCUGGUGGCGCAAACAACACAACCGACUUCAUACGUGUUCACUCAUUUCGAAACAUCUCCUGAAUCGACUGGAAUAAGUAGCAGACCUUAUGCAGUAAUCCUGUCAGUUCUUCUAAGCAAUUACUGUCUCUACGGCUAUGAUGCUGCAGCUCAUCUCACUGAAGAAACUAAAGCUGCUGACAGAACUGGUCCUAUUGCCAUUCUUUCUAGCAUUGGGAUCAUUUCAGUGUUCGGAUGGGCUUAUAACUUGGCUCUUACUUUCAGCAUCCGGGAUCCGGCUUAUCUAUAUGAUGAGAACAAUGAGACAGGUGGCGCACUUGUACCUGCUCAGAUAAUCUAUGAUGCCUUCUAUGGCAGGUUUCAAAAUUCUACUGGUGCUGUGAUUUUUCUUUGCAUCAUCUGGGGUUCUUUUUUCUUUUGUGGACUUUCAGUCACUGCAAGUGCAGCUAGAGUGGUCUAUGCGUUAUCAAGGGACAACGGGAUUCCAUUUUCGCCAAUUUGGAGAAGACUUCACCCCAAGCACAAGGUUCCAAGAAACGCAGUGUGGCUGUGUGCAGCAAUAAGCAUGAUUCUCGGCCUGCCCAUCUUGAAACUUGACGUGAUCUUUACAGCCAUAAUAUCCAUCAGUACCAUAGGGUGGGUGGGUGGCUACGCCGUGCCAAUAUUUGCGAGGCUGGUGAUGGCUGAGAAGAACUUCAAACCAGGGCCCUUCUACUUGGGCAGAGCAAGAAGGCCAAUAUCUUUGGUGGCUUUCUUGUGGAUAUGCUAUACUUGUUCCGCCUUCCUGUUGCCAACGCUUUAUCCCAUCACUUGGAGUACUUUUAACUAUGCACCAGUUGCCCUUGGCCUUCUUUUGACGCUGGUGAUGCUAUGGUGGUUCUUGGAUGCGAGGAAAUGGUUCAAGGGACCUGUCAGGAAUAUUGAUUUGCAAAAUGGAAAUAGUUCAUAGAUUUUCUCUUUAAUUAACAUGCCUUCAUACAUGAAAAGAAUAAUGGAACUGUACUAACGUUGUUUCUUA